UGGACCCGCACAAAGCCGUUCGCACUCUCGAGGAAGGCACCAGCAGCUACGGGGCAGCUGCGAGCGGGCGCUCCGGCCCUGUCCCACCCGGGCAGCUCCCGCACAGCCGUGUGGAUGUCUCCUGAGCACCUCCCAUCGCGUCUAUGCGGGCCCGUGGUACCAACAUGCAAGGCCAGCAGGGGCUGGGGGGGCAGCCUGGCCAGAUGCCCCGGCUAAGCAGGUCUCUGAGUGACCUCGCAGAGGCAGCAGGCGAGGUCUCCGUCCACGAGAUUUCUAAAGACAGACGGGUGCCUGCAAGUGAGGUGCCUGGGAGGCAGAGCGGUGACGGUGUGGCGUGCUGGGGGGCCUGCCCCCACCGUCCUCUGCUGGCUGGGGGGGCCAGGAUCCUCGGGCACGGCGAGGGCUUUUCUACCUGCACUGCCAGUGGUCUGGACCCAGGAGAACCCAGCAGUGCCUGGGGGGACUUUGAAAGCUUUCAGGGCUCUUCAGCCAAGUCUGAACAAUUCUCUCAGUUCUUUGAACUCCCAGAGAGGCCCACAGAACCGCAGCCACCGAGAACCGCUUCUGCCCACGGGGAGCAUGGUGCUCACCAGCCUCACCAAGGUGGACCUUGGUUGACAGGAACCACUGCCGUCACACCUUCUGAGCCAACUCUCAGCUAUGAGAACAUCUUUAGGUUUGCCUUUCAAGAAGUACCAGUCCAGCAGGCAACUGAAGAUGUUCCCACCUUAGACUACUUCUUAGAAAUGAGCAGUGAAGAAAAGCCUGGUCUUGAAUCUGUACAUAAAUUGUGCUCCGAACCUAGAAAACUCUGGAGAGCUCUUCAGAGCACAGACGGCUCCCAUGCCUCCCGAUGCCUGCGGGGCGGGUCCCGUUGCCAGGAGAGCCUCUUUCUUGUCCUCGGAGUAGAUGCUGCUCAGAAGAACCUUUCUAGAGGCCAGGGCCGCACUGGGGAAAGUUUCGACCUCGAAGGGCCCGAAGAGCUCGGUGUGCACAGUGUCCGCCUGCACCACUGUAGAGCCCUGAUCCAGACCAAGCUCUCGGGGGCGCCUGGGGGCCGACCGGGGAGCCUGAUCACAUACAGCCUCUCUCUGAAGACCCCCAUGCGCGGAAGCCGGCAAUUUAUCGCGAUUCCAGGGAAGAAGCUUUUCACCGCACGGAGCCUGAAAAUGACCUUGUUUAAUAGUGACGUUUGCUAAAGUGGGAGUGCUUUGUACCUCUGAGGAAUUUUGCAUUUUCUUACUGUCCUGGAAACCAGAACUAUUUUGUGGAUGGUUCCUGGGAUCUUCAUGGAAGCCGUCCUGCACCCAUCGGCUCCUCGUGGGUCUGAUCAGUUUAGCUGGAGGGCGUGUUGUUCAGCAGAGCCAGGCCUCACCACGAACGUGACUGAAGGUGGCACUGCCCGUGUGAGUGCCGCUGGCCCCUGGGGGCGCCUGAGAGGGACCCCAGGCCUGGCUGCCUGCGCUACUCCGCCCUGGACAGCCCAGGAAGCCUCACUCGCUGGUGGGACAGCUGUCGAGGCACCUACGAGGUCCUGAGUGUGUUCCUGUCACACCUCGGCCCUUGCCUGGUGUCCAGGCAGCCACAGGCAUGAGGACUGAAAGGCUGCCUUACCCACAGCCCUGAGCCCCCACCCUGGCCUGCACCUAUGCCCGGCCCCCCCAGCCAGCGGGCUUCCCCUGGCUUCAGCUAGGAAUCCUCCUGAUGGCAGAGCCCAGCUGUCGGCUCUGACUUUUGUAAAAUUUUAUUAAACUAAACAGCCCGGA